UUAACAAAAUUCAGAAUUAUAGAUGUUUUAUAAUCUGUGCCACCGCUAAUCUACUUUCUCUCCUACUCUUAUAAUAUUGCGUUUCUAGCUAGUGUCAAGUGGAAGUAGAUAACGAGCUGUAAAAGUUGGAAAGUCCGGAACAGUGGUAUAUUACGUCUAUUUAUGAGAUGCAGUUAAUUUGGGCCCAUGUCGUGAAGCAGGAUUUUAUAGGGUGUAAUAAAUAAGUUUUGUGAUUUUAAGAAGACUUGUCAUGUGUCCAUUCUACUACAGUGGGAAAGGGAAAGUGUAAUUAGAUAACCAGUCACUUCUGUCAUUUGGAGAACAUAUGAUUUUUCAGAACUGACGAUUUACAGCAGUAAAAGUACCCAGUUUUUAAGAUGGCUUUUAAUUUCACAGAAAGUGAGCUUGUGAACGUGUCGUUCUACACUUCAAGAGAUAAAUGCGUGUAUUAUAAUAGAACCACCAACAGGAUUUUUACAUCUGCUUAUGAAGGAAUACCAGAAAACUUGCUUCUUAAUUUCUUGGGAUGGAUGAUUCUUAUGAUAUUAUUUGCAGUGCUGAGAAAACGAGCCUGGAAUUAUGGUAGAAUUGCUCUUGUUCAGAAAACAGAGGAGAAGUGGACACAGCUGUUCUAUGGAACAAUGGAUGAAGUGUUGGGGGCUUCAGAAGUGGAAUCUGUUGCUUCCCUGGACUCCAGUAUACACAUUGAUAAGGGCUUCUGCUCUUGGUUUACAGCUGUAUUUAGAAUUAAGGACGAGAACAUCCUUCUGAAGUGUGGACCUGAUGCGGUGCAGUACCUCUCGUUCCAGCGCCACAUUAUUGUUUAUAUGCUUAUCAUGAUGAUAAUUUCCCUUACCAUCGUGCUACCCAUUAACUUCCAAGGUGAUUUAGAAGGAAAUGAAAAGACAUUUGGCCACACAACACUUAGUAAUCUUGAUCCUAAUUCUUCAUACCUCUGGACACAUGUGACAUUGGCUAUCCUGUACUUGCCACUGGGUAUCAUCAUCAUGCGCAGAUUCUCUGUAACAAUCAAGUUCGAUGAGAGAGAUACAAGCGUGUCCAGAACUUUAAUGAUUACAAAAAUUCCAAGCAAGAAUUGUGAUUCAGCUGAUUUACACCGACAUUUCCGUGAAGCGUACCCAGAAAUUGAGAUACAGGACGUUCAGUUGGCAUACAAUAUCUCAAGAUUGAGUUUGAUGGAUAAAGAAAAGGAAAAGGUGUAUCAGGCCAGGCUGUACUGUGAAAGUUACAUGAAAAGUAGUGGCAUGAGGCUGGACAUGAGACCUUAUGCAUGUGGAAAUAUCUGUGGUUGCUGUGACCUGUUUGGUUGCCCUACUGUUGAUGCUAUCGAGUACUAUGCAGAGGAAGAGGUUCGUCUUCAAAAUCAGGUGGACCAGGAGCGUGCGUCUGCUCUGAAGACUCCCCUUGGUAUUGCAUUUAUCACAUUGGUAUCUGCGGAAGCUGCUCGCAAGAUAUAUGUUGAUCACAAACCUUCUUGCAAAUGUUCAAACAACCCGCCCACUUCCAGUGUGAGUCGCCAGCUAGAACCACACAACUGGCAAGUCCAGUUUGCUUCAUCCCCCAAUGACAUUUAUUGGGAGAACCUAUCAAUUGCGUCAAACUACUGGUACAUCAAGGCUGUGCUAGUCAACUUCUUCCUGUUUCUGGUUCUGUUUUUCCUCACUACUCCUGCUAUUGUCGUUAACUUUCUUGAUACCAUGACAGUGGAAAGUGAGCUAGAGAAGAUGAGUCCUGUUCUAUCAGAAUUCCUUCCAACACUCUUGCUUUGGACAGUAGCAGCACUUCUACCAGUGUUGGUCUCAUACUCAGACCAGUGGAUUUCACACUGGACACGUUCUGAGCAGAACCACUCUAUCAUGCGCAAGACAUUCUUUUUCCUGCUUUUCAUGGUGUUGAUACUGCCAUCUUUAGGUCUCACUAGUGCUCAGGCAUUUGUUGACUGGACAAUCCAUGCCCGCAAUGAAACUUACAGAUGGGAAUGCUUGUUUCUACCUGACAAAGGAGCAUUUUUUGUGAACUAUGUUAUCACAUCUGCCUUUAUCGGAACUGCACUGGAAUUGAUUCGCUUCCCAGAGCUGUUUGUGUAUACAGUUAGACUCUGUCUUGCAAGGUCACAAGCAGAAACAGCAAGUGUUCGUAAAACCAUAUUAUGGGAAUUUCCAUUUGGUGUGCAGUAUGCAUGGAUGCUGCUUAUUUUUGCUAUGACAACCAUGUAUAGUCUCGCCUGUCCCCUUGUUACUCCAUUUGGUCUGUUGUACAUGUUAUUGAAACACUUUGUGGAUCGAUACAACAUCUACUUCGCAUAUGGACCUUCUAAGAUCAGCUCCUGUAUCCAUGCAUCAGCAAUCAACAUUGUGAUAAUCUCCAUCACUCUGCAGCAACUGAGCUUCACAUCAUUGUCUAUUCUCAGGCGAGGCUUCAAUUAUAUCUCUGUCUAUUCGUUGGCUGGAUUCUGCAUCACAUUACUAUUCCUGUCAGCACAGAUAUUCCUCAACUGGUUCAAAGGCUUUAGUCCAAUCUCUUACCAGAAUUAUCGAUCAUCUCCAAAUUCAUCAAACCAUGCAAGCCCUGGAAGGGAUGGGUCCAUGCAUAAAUUUGUGCCAUACGUACUUCAGCCCUCUCGGAACUGUCAGCAUGGUGUAGUUAGCAUUCAGAGCCCUGUGGAAGGCCUUUCCAUCCUGCAACGGACAUAUGGGACCCAGGCUGGUGACCAGGGAGAUGUGGAGACAAUGGUGUCUCCAGACAGCAUACUCUCAAUGGAUCCAGAAGCUAUCAUCUCACAUGAUAGAGUCGCCCUCUAUCAGGACUAUGAUGGUUCAAAUACUGAAGUAUAAACUGAACAGUCUGGUGAAGACUGCAUUUUUCUCCCCCUCAAAACUUGCAGAUUUAACCAGGGUAUACUACUACUUUCUGGUUGUUCUCAUGCCUGAGCAGGAUAUACAGAGCAGAAAUGUGUAUUGGUUUGAGAAGAAGGGGGUUGGCAUGACUUUCCUUGGCCAUUUGGCCAUGAGAUAAUAACCAGGCAGUAAUGAUAGCUCACAUUCAGGUAUUAUAUGCUUUGAACUUUGAGAAGCACCUCUGUUGAUAAAUUUUGUCAGUAUGUGGUUCUGCCUUCAGAUGUAGAGUCUUCUAUAAUAUUUCAGUUCUCCUUCUCAAACACUUCCAGAAAAAUUGUAAAAGUCAGUGAUAUUAAUAUAAAAUGGAGACUCAGUACCACAUAGAAUAAGAAAUUCCAUUUCAUUCUCUUAAUUCUAAGAGACUGAUGGUCUAAGUUACACUAGACUGUCAUUCAAGGAAUCAUAUAUUCAUUACUUGGCCAGAUCUAGAUGCAGAUUCUUCAGUUGUAUGAACGCUUCUGGAGAUGUAAAGAAUACUUGGUUCAGAACUCAUAUUAAGUUGUUUAUCCUCUUUGCCAGUGAUAAUCAUCAUAGCAAUGAAAGUAAUAGAAUAACCUCAUGAAUGACUCACUGGAUGUAUAGAUAUCAGGAAAUUUGUAAGAUUACACUUGGAGGCACUUUUCUAAACAUCAACCACCAUUUUAAUUAUGAACAUUCUUAAUUCAACAUUGAGAGACUGCUUCAUUUAUACAUCAAUACUUUUUUGUGAAUAAAAUUAAGUGGGCAUUGUGAAAUAAUGCUAUUAAAAUGAUGCAGUACUAUUAUUCCCAAUACCUUUAUUAUUGGUGUAGGUAACCUUCUAUGUUAUAUGUAUUUGCAUAUUACUGGUAGCGGUUUAAAUUUGAGGUCUAGUCAUAUCGGAACAUAUGUUUUUCCCAAUUGCCAAAGAUGUGUGAUCUACAUUUGUGUCAGAAUAAGGCACUAUAUUUUCAUUACCUAGCAAUUGUUGAAUCACCAUUCAUUGUGGUGUGAAUUAAAGUUAACUUUCAUGUCUACACAUUUUUAUUUAAUAAUUUAACACACCCAUUAUUUAUUGAAAAUGCUUAUUGGAAACAAGAUUAUUUAUCUUUCUUUAUUUGUGGGUUUUAAGUGAUACUGUUAUUAAUUGUUAUUUUAUCUUUCUUAGGGCAGUUCAGGUUUUGGAACUAGACCAUUAUUUAAAUGUGCAGUUUCUGAAGUUUGUUGGUGUUGCCUUAAUGCCCCUCGAACUGCAGACAAAGUUUUACUGUAGACAUUUCCAUAUGAUUAUAUCUUCUGUAUUAUGUUUAGUGUGUGCAUUUCAAACAGUAUAUUAUAAGUUAGAAUAUAUACAAUGGAGUGCUGAUUAUCUGUGGUAAUUGGGGGGAGCAGGGGCCCAUGCAAUUGAAAAACAUGGUAAUGGAAAUUAUAUUUUAUUAGAAUUAUAAUCAUCCAUGUAAACAAAUUAGGAACUUAUACACAGAAACAUAUGUAUUUACAUUGCAAAACAUCGUAGUCAUUUUAUCAGAAAGUCUGCAGUUUUUGUUGAUUUUUCUGUUGGCCUCUUUCUUUAUUAUAUAAUUACACACCCAUGAACUUGUAAAAAGUCAACAUAAUGAUCAUCUUGAUUUUCCAUGAAGUAAACUGAAGAUAAGAAAAAUAUAACAACAUAUUAGAUACAGUCUGAGACCAUGAAUAAUUGAAUCCUGGAUAAUCAGUGCUGUACUGUAUUAUAACACUUUUCAGUGUGAAGUAUAAGUUCCUGACAUUCAUUACGUAUUGAUGUUUCUGCAGUAUUUAAAAAUAAAAUCAUAGCCCUGGAACCAUGUCCUGUCCUUGUGCUUUCUUUUGUCCUUUGUAACUAAGAACUUAUCAUACUUGCUGCUAAUUUAAGUUUCCCUAGCAACCAUGACUAAAAUGACAAAGCAGCAUUUUCAGUUGGGGAAAACAAUCACUUCCAUCAAAUGUACAUUGAAAAUGGUACAUCAAUUUAUUAAAGCUUUUACUGUGGUAUGUGAAGCUUUCGUGGCAGUUAUAUAUUUUUAGAAAAAAAUAUUUGUGUUUUGUUGCUGGCUCGUAAUCUUGAGUGAACUGCCUGUCUUGUGCAGGUACCACUGAAGGCUGAGAGCUAGCAUGACUGUAGGCACUAGCUAUGAAACUGCAAGCUGUUAUUGGUGCUGGAGAGUAUGUUCAUUUGAGUGGCAGUUGCAGUCAUUAGCAGUGAUUAUGCUGAGUUGCGAAAAACUGUACAUAUAGUUUAAGGAAUUAUUUUAUUUUAUCACAUUAUGUAAUAUUCCUUUUGAAAAAGUCUUACCUUGUGGAAUAAUAUAAACUGUAGUGAAUUUUACACCACCGCCUUUGAUUAUUGAAGUAAAAGAAAAAUGUUACAUAGUAUAGAACAAUACUUAUGUUUAAAACCAUGAAGGUUAGAGAACUGUCAGAGUGUUUUGAGACAGUUCAGAGUUGAAAAAUCUAACAGUCAACACAUGCCGCUUUUAUAGGCCUAGUUAUGUAAUGUAGCAUUGUUUUUGAGAAUUGGAUGGCUCGUGUACUAAAAAGAAAGUGAGUGUAACAUGUCUAUACAUUUGUACACAUUGUAAUGAACCUCCACUAAUUUGUUUAUUAGUAGGAGCUUUUUAAAAAGCCUGUUAUUCUACCGGAUUGUAUUAAAACUUUAAUUUUUA